AUGUAUGGUUCAAAUGAAAAUUACUACGGCACUCUAAUCCCGCCACUGAAUUUUGACGUCGGCGAAGCUAGAAACAUGUUGCCUUCCGCUUCUAAUCGUAAUUCCGAGCAACCUCCCCCUCCAACUCAAAUUCCUGUUGAUAUUGCCACAUCACUAGCGUAUCAACUAUCCGCCGCUGCUAAUGGGCAAAAUCCCAAUGGACCUAAUGGCAACGAACUAAUUGAUCGGGAUAAAUUAAAUUACUGCUCUGUUCCUCCCACUGGCCUUGAAUAUCCAUCUAAUUGUUACCCUCCUCCUCAAUCUAACUCACCUGCUGAUUACAAUGCAAUUUUAUUGUCUCGAGGAGCACCCAGCAAUGGUAAUAAUACCUUUUAUCCCGGGAAUUCAUGGCCUUAUCCUAAUCCAAAUCAAGAGGUUGACGGUGUUUAUCCCCAUCCUGCGGGACCUGGUUAUCCCCCUGGUGAUACGUUACAAUCAGCCCCCUACAAUGCUCAAUUUGGUGAUCGAAUGGGAGUAAACGGAUCUCCUUAUAUGAUGUACUCCAAUGGUAAUGCGGAUGAUCUUGUUGAACGUUUCAAUUGCGUUAGCUUAAAUGAUGCAAUGUCGGCUCAACAACACUUUCUUUUCCCAACUUCUUCUCUGAAUCAAAAUGAGCAGCUAAUCGAUAGUCAUUGGCAACAUUUUGUCGGGAAAGAUCGCAAUGGUUAUCCCAUGAUGGGAUCUGGUACAAAUCGACCGAUCGAUCGCUAUCCUCAACAGGAUGGUUGCUUUGCUAUGAACGGUGAUGUAUCUCGAGCUUGGUCUCUUCUUAGUGGAAUGAAACCGCUAAACAAUGCUGGUCCGAAUCCCGGUGAUAUCUGCAAUUGGCCUUUGGCAAAACGUUCUACCCACUUUGGUCCAAAUGACCUGGCCAGUGUAAUGGCCAGUCCUGAACUAUCCAGCGAUUUGGUGGGUAUUGGAUAUAGGAAUAAUCGAUACCGUCCAAGAGUACAAAAGAAUGGUGAGCGACCGCUGCCUAGCGCACCUCGUGGAAUCAUUAGGAAUGGUGUCUACGAACGAUUUAAGGAUAAUGGUAAUGGCUCUGUUGUAGCGUCUACGAAUGGAACUGGUGAUAAUUCAGCUUCGACGGUAUCUAAGACUUCAGCAAGCAACGGUAGUGGUGGAGAUUCCCUCCAAGCCCGCCUCAUGCGUCAAAUCAAUCCACCCAACUUCAACAGCUCACCGUCUCGAGCUCGUUUCUUCGUGAUCAAGUCUUUCUCAGAGGAUGACAUUCACCGUUCCAUUAAGUAUUCGAUCUGGUGCUCCACGGAGGCUGGCAACAAAAAACUCAACGCAGCUUAUACGGAGGCAUCAGCUGCUGGAAUACCUAUCUACCUCUUCUUCUCUGUCAAUGGAUCGGGUCAUUUCUGUGGAGUAGCUGAAAUGACCUCGGGAGUUGAUUAUGCCACGAGGGCUGGAGUUUGGGCCCAGGACAAAUGGCAGGGUCAGUUCUCGGUGAAGUGGUUAUUUGUGAAGGAUGUUUCGAAUGCGGUACUGAGACACAUUCAUGUGGAAACGAACGACAAUAAACCCGUGACACAUUCAAGAGAUACUACGGAGGUGCCGUUGGAGCAAGGGCAACAGGUGCUAGAGAUAUUUGCCAAAUACGUCAACUCAACUUCAAUUUUGGAUGAUUUUGACUACUACGAACGAAGAGAGCAACAAGAGUUACAGAAGACCAGCACUAAUGAAUGA